GAUCCAUUGACUAUGGCGAAUGUCAGCCGGCAGAGUUUGACCUUGGAGCAGAGUUGGAAGGCUUUGCAGGAUUACUACAACCAGCAUGGCUCGAAAAUUAACAUGGCAGAGAUGUUCAAGGGAGAUUCCUCAAGGUUUAAAACCUACAGUGCCACUCUCCAGACACCAGAUGGAGACUUGUUGGUGGACUUCUCCAAGAAUCUCAUUAACCAAGAUGUCAUGAAACUCCUGAUGCAACUGGCAAAAGAGCGUGAUGUGGAGGCUAUGAGGGAUGCCAUGUUUAGUGGAGAACGAAUCAACUUCACAGAGAACAGAGCUGUAUUGCACAUUGCUCUUAGAAACAGAGGGAAUAAACCUAUUAUGGUGGACGGCAAAGAUGUGAUGCCAGAUGUGAAUGCUGUGCUGGCACAGAUGAGACAGUUCACAGAGGCUGUCCGUAGUGGUCAGUGGACUGGCUACACUGGGAAGAAGAUGACCGAUGUGGUCAAUAUUGGCAUUGGAGGGUCUGAUCUGGGUCCAUUGAUGGUGACAGAGGCACUGAAGCCAUAUUCAGUGGGUGGUCCCAACGUCCAUUUUAUCUCCAAUAUUGAUGGUACCCAUCUGGCCAAGACAGUGAAACAACUGAAUCCAGAGACCACACUGUUCAUUAUUGCCUCUAAGACUUUCACCACUUUGGAAACCAUCACCAAUGCCAACUCUGCCAAGCAGUGGUUUCUACAGCAAGCCAAUGAUCCUGCUGCUGUUGCAAAACACUUUGUGGCUCUGUCAACAAAUAAUGCAAAAGUUAAAGCAUUUGGAAUAGAUGAGAAGAACAUGUUUGCAUUCUGGGAUUGGGUUGGAGGACGCUACUCUCUUUGGUCGGCCAUAGGGUUGUCAAUUGCUGUGCACAUAGGCAUGGAUAAUUUUGAGCAGCUUCUCACUGGUGCUUUCCUGAUGGAUCAACACUUCCAGUCAGCUCCACUGGAGCAGAAUAUUCCUGUGAUUUUAGCUUUGCUGGGUGUCUGGUAUCACAAUUUCUUUGGUGCUGAGACUCAUGCACUGCUGCCAUAUGAUCAAUACAUGCAUCGCUUUGCUGCUUACUUCCAACAAGGUGACAUGGAGUCCAAUGGGAAGUAUGUCACACGCAGCGGAGCACGUGUGAACUAUAGCACUGGUCCUAUUGUGUGGGGAGAACCUGGAACCAAUGGACAACAUGCAUUUUAUCAGCUGAUUCAUCAGGGUACCCGUCUUGUUCCCUGUGAUUUCCUGAUCCCUGUAGAGACUCAGAACCCCAUCCAGGAUGGACUACACCACCAGAUUCUGCAGGCCAACUUCCUGGCCCAGACAGAAGCCCUGAUGCUGGGAAAGUCUAAAGAUGUAGCAGAAGCAGAACUCAGGAAGGCAGGCAUGGAUGAGGCAAAGAUCAAGCAUAUUUUACCCCAUAAAGUGUUUGAGGGAAAUAGACCCACAAACUCCAUUGUCUUCCAGAAGUUAUCACCUCUAAUGCUGGGAACUAUAAUAGCCAUGUAUGAACACAAGAUAUUUGUCCAGGGAGUGAUAUGGGACAUCAACUCCUAUGACCAGUGGGGAGUUGAGCUGGGCAAGGCACUGGCCAAUGUCAUCCAACCAGAACUGAAGGGGGCCGAGCCAGUCAGCAGUCACGACUCUUCUACCAAUGGUCUCAUCAACUUCAUCAAAUCUCACCGAAAGUGAAAAGAAGGGUGACAUUAAUUGUGUGGUGGUUAUAAUACAAUUCAUUCUUGAUAUGUAUAUAUUGUUCUUACUCCCGAGUUUCAGAGGUUGAAGGAAAUUCAACCCCAAUUAACUUAAAGGUUGUGCUGCAACCAUUAUUUCCAGAAUGUUCUGCUUUCAACUUGAAAACACCCAAGAUUAAUAUACCCAUUAGCAUACGUAACUUACAUUUUUUUGUGUUCUUUCAAACCCUAUAUAAAAACUACCACAUGAUUGCUGAAAAAUGGUUAGAAAUAGUAGUCAUUGGGAAUAAUGUUUUUAAGUUGAGGAUCUCAUGAAGAUGGUGAUGACAGCAAAUUAACUUUAUUUUGAUGUUAUAAUUGUUAGAUAUUAUAUGUACUACUGGUGUAGAAGUUAAUUGUUAAAGGUUUUUAAUAAAUUAUACAGUUAAAAUUGGAUGGGAAAGAGGAAAAGUGAUCAGAGAGAUAGUAUCUUGUUUAUCAAAUUUUAAUUUUAAAAAAUGUAAGAAUAUACUUGUAUAAGAACAUAUUCAGAAAAGUCAUAUAAUUUAAAUGAUAAAGCUGUUAACUUUUGAUUAGAACAAAAGACAUGUCUCACUUUUAAUGUAUAUUUAUACAAGUACUUAUGCCUAGUUAUAUACCAAAACAGAAUCACCAACUCUACUCACUUGUCAGUAUUAAAAUAAUUUUUGACUAUGGAUUUCCUUUGUUGCUGGUUUUAUAUAAAUAUUAUUGAUUUGACUUUAAUCAUGGAUUAUUAGGAAAACAUUGCCAGAUAGUUAAUAAAACUGUCCCUGGCAAGGAAUAUAUAUAUAAAAUUUUAGACCAUUACUUUUUUUACGCCAACUGCUGAGAGGUUCAGCCUCACUCUCCCAGUUCUCAAUUGGUCACAACUGAUAAUACUGGUACAUGUAGUAUCAUCGAUCUGUGCAAAGUGUCCAAGGUUAGUUCUAUGUCAUUAAACGUGGUCUGAGAGGUGUUGACAACCCUUGCAUAAUCCAGGGUUGGAGUCUCUAUUACAGUACUUGGUUUUCUUGUGGUUUUACUAAUUGGAAACUUCUCUGAAGUAAGACAGUGCUGUCAGAGAGCCCCCUGAGGUUCAAUGUUUACCGGAAACUAACCCCUGCUAUCAGGGUACCAAACAGCUUAUAUGGUGUAAACUGUUCUGUCUGAGGCAGAAAUUAGAUGGGAAUGUUAAAGGGUGUUAAAGGGUUUAAGUUAAAUCUUUGUUUAAGGGCUGUUUGGUAUAAACAGAUAAAACAUUGUUUCAGUGCAAUUACUGUGUUGCUUUUCUUUUAUUGACAUAAUACUUAGUUAUUACAGGUUGUUUACACUAAAAUGUAUUGAUGAGUUUAAUGUCUGUUAUGAACUAAAUUGUUAAGAGUUUUGCACAAGGUUGGAUUCAUGUUACUUUCAGGAACCAUUCUAACAGAGAAUUAAGGUAAACAUUUGCACAAAGGAUUGGCCUAAUAUGCUAAGAGAAAAAGACGUAAAUCAAAAUAAAAAAUUUCAAGAAGUUGUCCAAAUAUUGAUUUUUU